AUGGGAGCUAGCUGUGGGUGGCUCUGGCUGUGGGUGGCUCUGGCUCUGAGCUGGAGCGUUGGUGGAGCUGGAGUUGUCCAUUUUCCUCUCAUGCUCAGUUGGUUUUGGCUGUCUUCUUCUUCCCCUCUCUGUGGCUCUGGGUGUGUGUUGCCUCUGGUUUCUCCUUGUUUGGCUAGAUCAGAAGACAGGACAGCAGGACAGUCUCCUUCGUCAACUCUCAGCGGUCAAUCGCCAGUACCUCGUCCCGCUCCAUACCCCCUACCCCUACCUCCUUUCACUCACUUAUCUACUCUCAGGCUCGACCAACCAGACUCUUAG